GAAUUAUGUCCUUGAUUCUGAUUUUAUGUGGGAAAAUUGUUUUUCAAAGAAAAAUACAAAAUUCGAGAACAUUCUAUAAAUUCUAUUUCUCUGCGUGUGUAUGUAUGUGUAUAUAUGCGUUUUAUUUUGUAUUUUGUCCAUGAUCCAGAAACACUACUUAUUCGGUUUUUGUACCCGCACACAUACACACAGACAGAAAGAGAAUUGGGAAUUAUAUUGCAUGGACUGGGAAAAAAAAUCUAGGUUCAUACAUGCGUUGUUUGUUUCUGGAUCAAACAAGAGUCAUUGAGCUGUAUUUUUUUUUCUUCUCUGGGUCUUGAUGUUUUUGCUGUUGUUAGUUGAUCGAAAAUUCACCAAUUUGUUUCAGUUUGAUUGAGUGUGAGCUGCUAAAAAUGCGUUGUAGAUUUAGAUCAUCAUUGUCAUCGUCGAAUAUUGUUAUAAAUUAAAGAAAUCAAAUUUCCAUAAUUCGAACCGAAAAUUUGAUGAUCCAUAAAAAAUCAUCAUCAUCAUCAUCAUCAUCAUCAUGAGCUUAACGACGGAAGAAAAACAACGAUUAUGGCAUCUAUUUCAGGCAUGCGAUACCGAUUCAGAUGGAUUAGUCAAUCAGAAUGAUGUGAGGUUAUUAUCAUCACGAAGUGAAUUCUCUGAUUAUAAUAUUGAAGAGAUAAUCGAUCUAUUCAACACCGUAAAUAAUGAUAAUGAUGAAAAUUGUAUCAUGACAUUCGAAGAUUUCAUUGAAAAAAAGCUAGCUCAUGAAAGAUUAAGCCAGAUGUCUGAAACCACUUCGAUAUCGUCCGGUUUCACAAAUACAAGCACGGAUGAAUCGAUUACGGAUGCAGCUGCAAUCGAAUAUGGUAAACGUUAUUUUAAUCAUCGCCAUCAUCGUCAGCGACAAUAUGAUGAUAAUCUGAAUAAAUAUAAAAACAAUUUAAGAUUUUGUGAUGAAAUUGAUAGUACAUUAUCGAAAAGCAUGGAUAACCUUCAAUUGGAUGAUGGCGGUGUUGUUGAUUUUCACGGUAAUUCGGAUGCAAUUACACGAAGAGUAUUUACGGCCAUUCCGAUGGGUCGAAAAAAUCAUCACCAUCACCAUCAACAUCGUAAUAUCAUCACAGAUCAUCGUGCGGCAGCAGCUGCACUAGCUGCAAAUAAAUUCAUUGUCGAUAUUAAUCGUUUUAAAAGCAAUAAAUAUCUACUUCCCGAAGAGAUUGAACGAUUCGAUAUGAGUGAUGAUGCCAAAAAGAAAUUUGAACUUAUUCGUCAGGAUUAUUUCAAUUGUCUAAACGAAUUGAGUGAAGAGAAUGAAAAUAUUUGUGAAGAAUUGGAUCGUACCAGGAAGGAACGGAAUUAUUUGCGUGAAAAAAUUGAUAUAUUACGUGAAGAAUAUGGAGAAAAUCUACGAAAACAUCGUGAACAAUGGCUUUGUGAAAGGCAAAAACUUGAACAAAAAAUCACCAAUCUUGAAACUUAUGUGACGAAAAUUCAACAUCAACAAACAUCAAUUUCAUCAUGGCCAUUGAUGAUGAUGACGAAUAAUCCAUUGUUAUCUGAUGUUAUCAAUGAUAAUAAUCCAAAUGAAUCGGCUCAAGACUAUCUUUACAGUGAAAAUUUUAAAUUACAUCAACUUGCCAAUAAAAUUUCCGAACUUGCAUUAUUCUUAUCGGAAAUCCUAUCGAAUCUUCGUAAAAGUGAAAUUGAUAUUAUGGUUGCUAAUUAUCGUGCUGCUGGUAUUGUUAAAAAUGUUACAAAUCCAUUACAUCGUAAUGAUAUAGACGAAGAAAAUGAUAUAAUGCAAUGUUAUGAACGUGCAAUGGUCAAUCGUUCGAUGAUUGAACGUGAAGCAAUUGAUUUUGUUCGAAAUAUUGAUAAAGAAAUUCUUGUCCAAUAUCUAUCACCAUUGGAAUUUCAGAAAUUAUUCAACAAAAACAAUAAUAAUCGUCAAUCGACAACAUCAACAACAACAAUGGAUUUUCAAGAAUUUCAAAACAUUCUUUCAGAUCUGUUGAUUAAAUUAAAAGAUGAUCUUCGUAAUGUGAAUAAAACAUUGGAUCAUCAUCAUCAUCAUCAUCAUCAUAUUCAACAUAAUGCUCAGAAUGAUGAACAAAACGAUAAACUUAGUAUAGAUACAUAUAGUACCUAUCUACAACAGCAUGAUUAUAAUAAUUAUAAAUUAUAAAAUAAUCCACAUACAGCAAACCUAAUUCAACAACAACAACAACAACAAGGGAAAAAAC